AUGGCCACAUCCGCCCUGUCCCUCUGCUCCAGCAACCUGAGCUAUGGCAACCGCGCCUGCCUGCCCGGCUCCAGUGACUCUUGCACCGGCCUCCUGUGGCAGGUGGACGACUGUCCAGAGAGCUGCUGUGAGCCCUGCUGUUGUGCCCCAGCCCCCUGCCUGACCCUUGUCUGCACCCCAGUGAGCUGCAUGUCCAGCCCUUGCUGCCAGGUGACCUGUGGAUCCAGCCCUUGCCAAUCAGCCUGCACCAGCUCCUGCACACUCUCAUGCUGCCAGCAGUCUAGCUGCCAGCCUUCCUGCUGCACCUCCUCCCCCUGCCAGCCGGCCUGCUGCACACCCGUCUGCUGCACACCCGUCUGCUGCACACCUGUCUGCUGCAAGCCCCUGUGCUGUGUGCCCGUCUGCUCUGGGGCCCCCUCAUGCUGCCAGCCCACCCCCUGCACCUCAUCCUGCUGCAGACCCUCCUCCUGUGUGUCCCUCAUCUGCCGCCCCGUGUGCAGGCCUGCCUGCUGUGUGCCCACCUCCUCCUGCUGUGGCCCCACCUCCUCCUGCCAGCCCAGCUGCUGCCGCCCAUCCUCCUGCAUGUCCCUGCUCUGCCGCCCCCUGUGCUCCCGCCCAGCCUGCUGCAUCCCUGCCUCGGCCCAGAAGUCCUGCUGCUGA